CCACACACUCCGUACUCGGCUGCGUUACUUUAGGUUGCUUUGACAGUCUCAGAAGAUACUGAAUAGAUUCGAUUUCACAGCACAGACAACAACAAGACAUGGUGGAACAAACCGUAAACGUAGACCCCGAUGGAAGCACGACCUUCGAGGGGGAAGGAGCUGAGGGAGACACGGCUGGAGAGGGCUUCGAGGAAGAAAUAGUCAUGGAUGAAGUCACCGGAGUGGACCCCGCAAUCUAUUUGUUGGUCGCCUUUGUUGUUGGUGCCAUUCUGUACCUGUUGUACCUCAAGAAAUCUCGUUCGAACGAGGAUGAUUAUUUCUCAUCAUACGAAAAAGUGAGUGUGAAGUUUCUCUGGGUGUAUCUUUGUGCACAAUUCACACAACACGAUACGAUUAUGAAGAGUUCUGUAGUUUCUUUGAGCAACCAGAGGAUUUUCCUCAUUGCACUGGAAAUGAUUUAAUAACCAUGAUUGAGACGCUGUGCAUGGUUUUUUCAAUGCUCUCUUUCGAUAGAUUCUAAUCAUGCACGGACAUUUAAUUUGCUUUGUUCCUUUUUUCCGUUUUCUUUCUUCCCAUUACGUUUCAUUAGUUCAACAUCAAGCUCCCCGCGGAGGUUGAUGAGUACUACUCAGUGAAAGAAAAGUGCAUGAAAGCCGGCUGGGAGCCCGGCAAGCCACCCACCGACAAAAACCCCAACGGCCCGCACCGGGUCAUGGCACAGGCACUUAUGAAACGAGCCAUUGGGGACAUUCCUAUCGUUACCUUCAUACAGAAGGAAUCGGCCGGCAUGAACAAAUUGUAUUCCCAAUCCAUGUGCUCCGUUAGCCAAUGGCGUGCCUACCAAAACGCUGAAACGAUGGUCUCGACCGAGGUUGACGAAGUGAGAGCCGAGGCCGACGAGAUCGAGCCAGGUUGGAGCCAGGUAAGAAAAAGAGAAGACCGAGGAGCGAAAUUGCGUUUGGUUUGCUUUCCGUGGAAAAAUAGUUGAGUCGAGAAGAAUAUGGAUUGAUCAUUGGCGGAAUUUUCUCAACACAAAGUACUUUAUUUGGCUUCUUGUUGUAACGAAUCGUUGUCACAACUCUGUUGAAACAUGAAACAAAACAGGUCAUCUGGAGACAAGCUAUGCAAUACCAUGGUAUGCUCAAGCAGAAGCACGAACAGGAGCAAAGGGCCGCAGCCGAAACUGCCGCAAAGAAAAAGGAAAUAGAGAACAAGGUGAAUGCCGCCAAGGCCCAGAUCAAAUCCAAAGAAGACGAGAAGGCGGCCGCCGAGAGAAUCGCCCGAGAACUCGUCGAAGCAGAGGAGCGCGAAAAGAAUAGCAAAAAAUCCUUCUCAAGUGGCGGCAUGAAGAAAGGCUUCCUAGAAAAGAAGAAGAAGUAACUUAAACAAUAGCCGUAUUACGGCAUUUU